AUGUUAUAUGAUAUCAAUUUUGACCAUUUCCAAAUCCUGAGGGCAAUAGGAAAAGGGAGCUUUGGAAAAGUCUGUAUCGUGCAGAAGAAAGACACUAAGAAGAUGUACGCCAUGAAGUACAUGAACAAGCUUAAGUGCGUGGAACGCAACGAAGUGAGGAAUGUCCUGAAAGAGCUGCAAAUCAUGCAGAACCUCGAGCAUCCUUUCCUGGUGAAUUUCUGGUAUUCCUUUCAAGAUGAAGAAGACAUGUUUAUGGUGGUGGACUUGCUCCUGGGUGGAGACCUGCGCUACCACCUCCAGCAGAAUGUUCACUUUUCGGAGAGCACAGUGAAGCUGUACAUCUGUGAAUUAGCCCUGGCUCUGGGAUACCUCUGCAGCAAGCACAUCAUCCACAGAGACAUCAAGCCUGACAACAUACUGCUGGAUGAGCAUGGACAUGUCCAUCUAACAGACUUCAACAUUGCAGCUAUUGUAAAAGAAGACCUGAAGGCAACAUCCAUCGCUGGCACCAAACCAUAUAUGGGUCCCGAGGUUUACUACACAUUUAUGCAAAAAGGUACAACUUAUACAUUCCAAGUGGAUCACUGGUGUCAGACUUUUGGGGUCAUGCGCGAAGAAGAAAUUAGAGAAUGGAGACCAUAUGUGAUGAGAUCUAACACGCCCUCUAAUGAGAUUCUUCAGAUGUUCCACAAAGUUCAUCCCACUUAUCCAGCAGCCUGGUCUUUGGAAAUGAAGUCUCUUCUCAGAAAGCUGCUGUGCAUAGAUGUCCAGAAGCGCAUCUCUUGUCUUGCAGAGCUCCAGGAUCUGGACUACAUGUCAGACGUAAACUGGGACGCGGUUCUUAGCAAACAGCUUUCUCCAGGCUUUAUUCCAAAUAGACGGAGACUAAACUGUGACCCCACGUUUGAACUGGAGGAAAUGAUCCUGGAGUCCAAACCUCUACACAAGAAGAAAAAAAGACUUGCUAGGAAGACCAGAGAACAAGGAUCUGAUGGAUCUCCACAGAAUGGACAGUUGCAGCAGCGUUUGGACAGUGUCCAGAGGGACUUCAUUGUCUUCAACAGAGAAAAGUCAAAUAAAACUGUAAUGGAUUCUUGUGAGCUAUCCACAAGCAAGACGAACAAGGCGAUAGAAGAUGGACAGAACAACAAUGUCGAGCCAGUCGCUUAUUUAUCAGGAUAGGCCUCAUUCCCGCCUCAUUACCCGCACCUGCCUACAGCUUACAGAGUGGCAAAUUAACACGGAGAAACUAAAUGUUCAAUAACACAUCCGCCAUGACUGGUUUUCUACGUUCUUGCACUCCUAAAGUCGUCUGCACAUACACAGAAACAGCACUGUAUGCACCUGUUUAUCAGCACUCGCUCAAAAACUAAGAAAAGAAUAAAGAAAAGAAAAGCUGCAAGAUGUUCAGAGUGCUGGAGUGAAAUGGACUCCCGGUGCAGCAGCCA